AUGAUUCCCGUACAAGAGUUGGGUUAUUUUGAUGAAACGCAGCCAGCGUUUAGGAUCCUGAAGCCAUGGUGGGAUGUUUUCACCGACUACAUUUCCAUGAUCAUGCUGAUCAUCGCAGUGUUCGGGGUCACGGUGCAGGUAGCCCAAGACAAGAUGACCUGCCUGCCAUGCAAAUGGGUGAUAGCUGGACACUGUGAGCUACAAAACACCAUCACCACCAACUCUUGGUCCAAGCCACCUGGCAUCCAGUAUGAGCUGGACCGGCACCAAUAUAGUUACAUAGACGCCAUGUGCUACGCACGUGAACUGCACUGGUUUGCCAAAUACUUCCCAUACCUGGUGCUGCUGCACACCCUGGUGUUGUGUGCAUGUAAAGACUUCUGGUUCAAGUUCCCUCACACCAGCUCUAAGUUCGAGGACUUUGUCUCCAUUCUGCUCAAGUGCUUUGACUCGCUUUGGACCACACGUGCCUUAUCUCAAACCGUUGCCGAAGAAAGCGAUGCCAAGCCAGCAGGCAAAAAUGGUGAUCUGAAUGAUGCUAAUGACACGAAGAAGGCACCGAGCGUGAGUGAUCAGGACAUGGAGGCCAGCAUGUCCAUGCUGCAGCCCACUAAGGCACUCCUCGAGCAAGGUAUCAUCAAGCAAUCAAAGACCAGCGUACUGGAGAAGAAAGAGGGAGAGCAGGCCAAGGCACUUUUUGAGAAGGUAAAGAAUUUUCGCAGUUAUGUGGAGGAGGGUAACAUUGUCUACCGCAUCUACAUCUGCCAGAACAUCAUCAAAGUCAUCAAGUUCAUUCUAAUCAUUAGCUACACAGUGUACAAUGUGCAGUUUAUUACGUUUGACAUCAAGUGCAAAGUGGACAUCGAAUGGCUCACAGGCUACCAAAUGUAUUACUGUGUCCAUCCCCUGGCCAAGCUCUUCAAGAUCCUGGCCUGGUUCUACAUUGCUCUGGUCAUCAUCUAUGGCCUGAUCUGCAUGUACACACUGUGCUGGAUGCUGGGCAGCUCACUCAAGCACUACUCAUUCGAGUCGAUCCGCAUGGAGAGCAGGUACAGCGACAUCCCUGAUGGCAAGAACGACUUUGCCUUCAUGCUACACAUGAUUGACCAAUACGACCCGCUGUACUCGAAGCGCUUUGCUGUCUUUCUGUCUGAGGUGAGUGAGAACAAGCUGCUCCAGCUCAACCUUAACAAUGAGUGGAACCUGGAGAAGCUUCGUCAGAGGAUCACCAAGAAUUCACAAGACAAGCUGGAGCUGCAUCUAUUCAUGCUUAGCAGCAUUCCAGACACAGUAUUCGACCUGCCCGAGCUUGAGGUGCUGAAAUUGGAGCUGAUCCCAAAUGUCACUAUUCCACCCAUCAUUGCCCAGCUGGCUGUACUGGGGGAACUGUGGCUGUACCAUACACCAGCCAAGAUCGAGGCUCCUGCUCUGGCCUUUCUAUGUGAAAACCUCAAAUCACUGCACAUCAAGUUCACAGACAUUAAGGAGAUUCCACUGUGGAUCUACAGCCUGAAAAACCUGAGUGAGCUCCACCUCACUGGCAACCUGAGUGCCGACAGUAACCGUUACAUUGUGAUCGAUGGCUUGCGGGAGCUAAAAAGGCUUAAGGUGCUAUGGUUGAAGAGCAGUCUCACCAAGCUGCCUCAGGUGGUGACAGAUGUGGGUGUGCGUUUACAAAAGCUCUCCAUCCAUAACGAGGGCACCAAGCUGAUGGUGCUUAACAGCCUGAGAAAGAUGGUGAACCUGACCAAGCUGAAGCUGGUGCAUUGUGACCUGGAGCACAUCCCCAAUUCCAUUUUCAGCCUCCACAACCUACAGAAGAUCGACCUGAAGGACAAUAAUCUAAAGACAAUCGAGGAGAUCAUCUGCUUCCAGCACCUGCAGCGGCUGGUGUGUCUGAAGCUCUGGGACAAUCAGAUCGCCUACAUCCCCAUCCAGAUUGGCAAACUCACCAACCUCGAGCGCCUCUACCUGAAUUGCAACAAGAUUGACAAGCUCCCCAGCCAGCUGUUCUUCUGCCGCAAGCUGCGCUUCCUUGACUUGAGCCACAACAACCUGAGCAGUAUCCACCCAGAUAUCGGACUGUUGCAGAACCUGCGAUAUUUUGCUGUUACUGCAAACAAGAUCGAGAUAUUACCACCUGCUCUAUUCCAGUGCAAGAAGCUUCGGACGCUGAACCUAGGGAAAAACUGCCUGACUGCACUGUCAUCGCGUUUCGGAGAGCUCACAUUUUUGACACAGCUGGAGCUGCACGGUAAUCUGCUAGAAGGCCUGCCGGUGGAGCUGGGCAAGUGCUGCAUGCUAAAACGCUCAGGCCUGGUGGUGGAGGAAGAGCUCUUCAAAACACUUCCUCCUGAAGUGAAGGAGCAGUUAUGGAGAGCCGACAAGGAGCAAGCCUGAGACUGAAAUACUAUGAAUGAGAAGAGUGAAAAUGGAGGCAGAUGAAAAGCUG